AUGCUGUCUUUCAUCGCGAUCGUUUUACUUACGGCGCUGAUCUUGCUGUUUGCAAGGUAUAGCCACCUGCUUUUACCAAACUCUCCCCCUUUGCUUCGUAUGGUCUACGGAAUGAAGCACACCUUUGACUUCAUUUACCUUGGACCUGGAGCGGCGCUGGACAAAUUCAACGAAAGCUUGGUGAAGACACUGUUCAAGCUGCCCACGCUCAGCAAUAGCCCCGCCACGGGAGAGCUCGUCUCUGCCUUUAGCGGGACUGACAUCGACCCCGAAACGCUUGCUGGCCUCAUGGGGCAUCACAUUUUUCCAGCCAUAGGCAGGGUGCUCAGGUCUCAAGAUUUCUUGGAGCGCAUCUCUCCCGCUCUCGCCACCUCGAUCUCAGAGUUUUUGAAAACCCAGUCAUUCCCUGCGAUCACACACUCUCUCUCUGAAUUGGUGGGCGCAGCUCUCAUUUCUUCCAUUUCCCAAGCUAUCCUUGGUCCACUAUUUCCUCCCGACGCCAUCACGGACUUACGGACCUUGGAUACAUCGUUCUACACUCGCAUGCUUGGAUUUCCAUUGACAGGAUCCCAAUUUCGAGACGCUCAUUCGCGCAUGCUCUCGCGUAUAGAAGUGUAUUUGGCGCUCGUGGAGACAGAUUGCUCGGGCGCUUGGCCGGGGUUCCCUCUUGUUCAAGAGUAUCUGCGCGAGGCCUAUUCCAACGAUCUUUCCACGAGAAAUAGGGCUGCUCUUUUUAUGACCCUCGUUUGGGGGCUCACAGCUGCUCCCACAAAUGUCACUAGCUGGCUGCUGGCAUUCUUGUUCGACGAUCCGUGUGCUCUUGCGAAAGUGCGACACGAAGUAGAUAGCGUACUACAGACGUAUCGAGGAGACGUCGUCAAACUCAUCAGCGAUCCCACAGCUUUUGGGCCAUCUUCAUUUCCAAUUAUAGAUUCCGCAAUCAAGGAGACACUACGCUUGAUAAGCAAUGCAACGCCCUUUCGCCAGGCAACUUGCGACUUUGAUCUCGACUAUGGUGGUAACUCGCUGAAGAUUCGGGCCGGAGAAUACAUUAUGGCAAACACGCGAGCUCACAAUAUGGAUCCCUCCGUUUAUGCGCACCCACAAACGUUUGUUGUCGAUCGCUUUCUUGAAGGAACCGUCACCAAGCGUGAUCAUAAUAGUAUACCGAUAGGCUUCGGCGGCGGCAAACACGCAUGUAAAGGCCGUCUUUUUGUUCAUAGGCAUAUCAAAGCUUUUGUUGCACUCUGGGUGUCUCUUCUUGAAGUCGAGGUGGACGGCGAUACAGAGACGUAUAAGGUUCCGAAGAAAAUGGAGAGGAGUUUUAAUGUCGCACAAAUGAGUCGGCCAGUUAUGAUCAGACUCAAACAACGGAGAGAGUCAAGGUCUUAA